ACUUGCGUGGUAAGAAAAUUCCAAUUCCAAAACCUCGAAAGCGGAACCUGAACGAAAGAGCCCUAAUAUAUAUAUAAAAAAUAAACCAGAAGAGGGCUCAAACCUACUUUGAAAACCCAAAGUUUCAAUUUUUAUCUGAAUUCUGCAAGAAAGAAAAAAAAAGAAAAGAAAAGAAAAAAGAAAAAGAGAAAGUGUCGAUUUUUUGAAAACCACGAUGGGGGAGAUUUCGUCCUCGGAUCAUCAUCCUCAAGCCCUAGAUCCCCUUCCGCACUGGUCUUGGCACCCGGAUUGCAAUCCCUUCGCCUACUCCACCUCAUUCGUUCGCUCCCCUAUUUCCCUCGUCGACGCCGUCGGUCCCGGUAGCUCCGAUUCCGAUUGGUUCUCCGACACCGAUUCCAGUUCCGACCGCGACGUUAGCUGCUUGGUCACCGAUCUCUUCGACCGCAGCGGCGAAUCGGACCAAACAACAACCACCCAACAGUGGGAUGAUGACUCCGAUGAUUGUGGUGGUGGUUCCGCUUCCUACGAUUGGGGCAUUGGGGGUUUCGAAGACGCUCGCGAAAUUGGGCUGGUCUUCGGAUUGGACUCCCAAAGCAACGGCUCUGUGCAUGAAAUUGGUGAGAAUUCGGGUUCUGAUUUUUGCUCCAAUGGGCUUCGGAUUGUUGGGUUGGAUUCGGAUUCGGAUUCUGAUGAUGGGGUUGUUGAAGUUCUCGGUGUUGAUUCUGGGAAUUAUUCGGUGGUCAACGAUUCGAAUAGACAUCUGAGGUGGGAUAGUGUUUGUUUUGAGGAACAGAGGUCUAUCUAUGAAGAUUUUGAUUGGGAAGAAGUGGAAGGACGGAACAAUGACACAGAAAAUCUUGGAACCGUGUUUGACGAUGAAGUUGAAGAGCAGCUAUCUGUGGCAUCUGGGUACUCCACCAUUGUAGAAGAGCCGCUAGAAGAAGCUGCUCGAAACCUUGAGUGGCAAAUCUUAUUGGCUGUCAAUAAUCUAGCUCUGAACACAAGCUUAGAACGUGAACGUAGUGGUGGUGGUGAUGUAGAUGUUGAUUCCUACUUGGCUGUUCAGGAUGAAAUGUAUACUGUAGAAUAUGAUACCCUUUUUGGGCAAUUCAUCGAAAGUGAAAAUGCUUUGAAGGGUAGCCCACCAGCGGCCAAGAGUGUUGUUGAGAAUCUUCCUUUUGUUAAGUUAACAAUGGAGGAAUUGCAGAAAGAUGAUGUGGUUUGUGCUAUUUGCAAGGAAAAGAUUUUGCUGGAAGAGAAGGUGAAGAAGCUACCUUGUUGUCACUAUUACCAUGGGGAGUGCAUUGAGCCCUGGUUGGGAAUUCGUAAUUCGUGCCCGGUUUGUAGGUAUGAGUUGCCCACCGAUGAUCCAGAUUAUGAGCGAAGGAAGAGUCAAACGGCUUCUCAUGGCAUGUCAAGGAACUCACAGUCACAGGUUAGGCUGAAUUUUGAGAUGUUUGCUUAAAUUCUGUGGAUGUUUUGUACAUUUUCUCCAUGUAAAUAAUCGUUUUUUGGAUGGAGUUGAUAUCGUUGUAAUGAUUUUGAAAUAUCGUAUAGGUUUCUGAUAAUGGUUGUAUUUAUUUGCAAAUUGCAACUCUAAUGGAAAUAGAUUGCGUUUGUUAUGA